UUUGAGUGAGGUAAUCAGAAGCUCAAUUUCAAGUGAUGCAUAAGGGCGUGGUUUUAAUUUACAGCUGUGAGGCCAAAACAGCAGAAAUGGAUCUAAUCCUAAACCUUGGAAAUAGCACUGUUGUUACUGUAUUCUACAUCUGGGACACUAGAGGGAACCAAUACACUGUAGAUUUGUACAGCAGCACAAAUGUUUUCUCUUUGUACAUACUAUUGCUUUUCUCAUGUAAAAUUAAUUCAUGAAAAACUAUUGCCUCACUUUAGAAUUGACUGUGUCAUUUUAGUGUCUUUAUAAAAUAUAGUUUGGUAUUUUGUUGAACAAAACAUCAAACUAAAUAUGGUGAAGAUAUAACACUGCCACAUUUGCUUGUAGUGAUGAGACAGGACUGAUAGUAGAAUAUGUAUAAGGAGGAUGCCGGCUCAUGGAACUAAAUAAAUCACAAAAGACUCAGUGGGGUGUGACCCCUUGUGGCUGGAUUAUGAAUUGCACAAAUGCGUGCGGCAUUUCCAUUUCUUACUAUGAUCUCUCCACACUCCACAGUGCAUCUAUGCUAUAUUAUUUUUAUGCCUGCUGUACCUUUUUUCACCAUUGGUGUCACACUGAGUAGGUUUGUCAAAAGUAUCGCUAUCCAGAUACUAUCGAUACUAAAAUAUAUAUAAAAACUAGGUACUAAUUUGAACAAGUAUUGAUGCUGAAAAGAAUUAUAUGCACCAGAGAAAAAUGAUCCUUUCCUGAAAAGCUUUUGAAAGUCAAAGUGUUUGUUAAUAUUAAUAAACUACUGUUAAUCCUGUGUUGAAAAUUACUUUAUUUUCUGAAAAGAGUCAAAUCAGUAUCAAGUAUUGAGCCUUUUACUUAGAGCGGAAAUCAAUUUUGAAAUUUUAGCAAAACACUUCUAUUGUGUCAAUACUGUACACAAUGUGGCUAAAAUGUCUUGUCCAAGGACAGAUUUUACAAAUGAAAAAUUCUUGGUAAAAGAGAAGUCUGAGCACAUUUGGAUCAUCAUGAACUAGUCAAGAUUAAAACUGAGCUACAUUGGUGAUGGGAAAGAUGUGUUGUCUAUACCCAUACCCUCUCCCCACUCUCCCCUCUCUCUCUUUCAUAGCCCCCUCCGUCCCUGGCCUCUGCACUGUCCUGUGGUGACUUGUGAGUGCUCUUAGAAGAUAGACUCUGUGAGGAGAAUGUAGCAGCAGGUCUUCAGCUCCAGUCUCGGUCAAGGAACAACAUCUGAAAAACUACUCCAUCAUGGACCUGUCCUUUAUGGCAGCACAGAUCCCGGUGAUGACGGGCGCCUUCAUGGACUCCUCUCCCACAGACGACUACAGCACAGACCAGUCCCUGUUUAACUCGUCGUUCAGCGUGCGCACACCCUCCAUGUCCGCCGUGAGCCAGGCCGAAGAGCCCCCGUCCAGGCUCAGGGACGCACUCUGGCUGUGGAUCGCCAUCACUGCCACCAUCGGGAACAUCGUGGUGGUGGGUGUGGUCUACGCGUUCACCUGCUGA